AACACAAUGUUCAAACAAGCGUGUCCAUACUCGCACUUGGCACCAGGACAUCCAAGGUGGCAGUUCAAUUAUUGACUGCGUGACCGUCUGCGUCUGCAAUGAUGCGGAUGCUGUGCCGUUCAGUCGUGGUGAAGGAGGAGCUGAGCCGAAAGGCAAAGCUCUCGAUUUACCAGUCGAUCUAUGUUCCCAACCUUACCUAUUGUUACCUGUGAGUCAUGACAGAAAGAACCAGAUCACAGAUACAAGUUUUCUCUGCAAGGUGUCAAGGCUCUCCCUUAUAGAGAGAGGGUGAGAAACUCGGUAUCAAGAGGAGCCAGAUGAGGUGGCUAGGUCAUCUGGUUAGGAUGCCCCUGGAUGCCUCCCUGCUGAGGUGUUCCGGGCACGUCCCACUGGGUGUGGAGGCCCCGGGGACAACCCAGGACACGCUUGAGAGACUAUGUCUCCCGGCUGUCCUCAUGGAGUUGGCUCGGGAUUCCCCCAGAACAGCUACACGAAGUGGCUGGGGAGAGGGAAGUCUGGACUUCCCUGCUUAAGCUGCUCCCCUCGUGACCUGUCCCUGGAUAAGUAAAAAAAAAAAAAAUGGAUGGAUCAGCAUCUCUGCCCCUUUCAUGUCCAGUCCACUGGUGUGUCAUCAGUGUGCCCCCCCCCCCCCACCCUCCGUUUCUAUAGGUAGUCCAUAAUGAUGUGUGUCCAUUGGCGUUUAUAGUGGCUGCCCCCUCCCACAGUCCGCCUUGGCCCUACCCACGUUUCCGAGGUCUCACUUUGGUUCAUCUCCUGACGUUCAAGUUCGCAGGAACGUCACGUCCGCACUUGAACUUGCAGCUCAAGGUUUGGGGAGGGCAUGAGGUGGAAGAGGAGGAGGAGGGGGGUCUUCUCUGCAUGCGCCCUCCAUCAUCAUCAUCAUCAUCAUCAUCACCAGCAUCAUCAUCAUCGUCGUCGCCACUCUCCCGUCGCGCUAAAAGUCAUGAGGAUCUCUUCCACGCAGUCCGCAGCGCGUUACUUCCCCUCGUCGGCGUGCGUGUGAUCCGCGCACCUCACUUUUGCACUUUUGCGUGUUUUGAGCGCGGCUCGUGAUUCUCACGGACGUCAGACGCAUCCAUGAGGAGAUUUUCACUUGGACUUUACCUGGAUUUCCCAAUGUGAGAAGCCGCCACUCCAGCCAACAUGUCUCGCCGCAAGCAAGGCAAGCCCCAGCACUUGAGCAAACGGGACUUUUCGCCUGAGCCACUGUCAGGUGUUAUACCAGAUGAAGACUGUCAGGAGUCCCCCAGGCUGGGUGUUGCUCAGGGCGAACCCCUAAAAGGGGACCAGGACCUGCUGACCUGCGGCCAGUGCCAGUCCCGCUUUCCCUUGGCUGACAUCCUGCUGUUCAUUGAACAUAAACGGAGGCAGUGUCACGGAGGUCUGUGUAUGGACAAACCCCUAGACAGGCCACCGUCCUCGCCUCUCUCCUCGCCCCUCUCCACGUCAUCCUCGCACUCAAGGAACCACCACCCACGUAGGGUAUGUCACCCCGUUGAGGUGGCCGUUCAGGUGUCGCCGCAGGACGAGGAUUGUUUAUCAACACCCUUGCACGGAAUAAUUCCCAAGCAGGAGAAUAUCACAGAUAAAGAUGAGCCCAGCAGUUACACCUGCACCACAUGCAAGCAGCCCUUCACCAGCGCCUGGUUCCUUCUCCAGCAUGCUCAGAACAGCCACGGUUUCCGCAUCUACCUGGAGAGUGAGCCAGGCAGUCCCCUCACCCCUCGCGUAGCUGCUGCCCCUGGGAUGGGAGGUGACUGUGCCUCAUCCCAGCCUCCCCUUCACGCUGUCCACCUGGCUGAUGGUAGUCCAUACAGCCUGCUGCGAAUGCCGGGGUCUGGGUCCGGACGGGAUUCGGUAUCGACUCCUCGAGAGGGUCGUUAUCCCCGAACCCCACCCCUGUUCAGCCCGCCCCCGCGUCAUCACCUCAGUCCUGAUGACCUGGCCCUGGCAACCCACCAUCCCAGCGCCUUUGACCGGGUGAUGAGGCUUAAUUCAAUACCACUUGAACCUCCCCCAAGCAUGGACUUUUCCAGAAGGCUCCGUGAACUGGCUGGAAAUGCCACAGGAGCCUCACCACCUCUCUCCCCUAAUAGGCCCACGCCUAUGCAACGGAUUCUUCAACCAUUCCAGCCAGGUUCAAAGCCUCCAUUCUCUGCAACACCACCUCUUUCCACCUCUCAGUCACCUUCUGGCUCGAGGUCUACCCCCAAUCCCACAGCCAACACAGCUCAACCGGGCACGCCAUUAAAGGCAAAGUCUUGUGAGUUCUGUGGGAAGACUUUCAAGUUCCAGAGUAACCUUAUUGUGCACAGACGUAGCCACACAGGGGAAAAGCCAUUCAAGUGUCAUCUGUGUAACCACGCAUGCACCCAAGCAAGCAAGCUAAAACGACACAUGAAGACACACUGUCAGAGCAAGUCUUUGGCGCUUAAUACCAAGUCAGAAGAUGGCCUUUCGACAGCUAGCUCUCCUGAGCCUGGUACCAGUGAGCUGAUGGGCAGUGCCACUGAUGCUCUCAAGUCAGUGGUGGCCAAGUUCAAGAGUGAGAACAAUGGUCUGAUGGCUGAGAAUGGAGAAGAGGAAGAUGAUGAAGAUGAUGAAGAUGAGGAGGAACAGGAGGAAGAGGAAGAAGAGGAGGAGGAAGAGGAGGAAGAGGAAGAGGGUGAGGAGGAGGAGAUAGAAGGUAAGCCUGUGGUCAGAGAUGUUGAAGAGGACAGGAAUGACUAUCGCUUUAGCCUGAGGUUAGAAGGCGCUCGCCACCACCAGAACAGUUUGGCCCUGCACCCUCGGCGUCGGAGCUCCUCGCAGGAGCCAGCUGAUGAGGAUUCAGCCAUGGAGUCAGACCGGGCAGAUGAUGUGACCACAACAACUAUCAAUGGGCUGGCACCUUUAUCCACUGACGGUCUAUCCAGAAAGUUGUUGGGUGGAGGCAUUAGCCCAGGCUCUCUCAGUCCUCUGUCCAAACGUAUCAAGGUGGAAAAGGAUCUAGACCCCCCUACGCCCACUAUUGCAAACUCAGAAAACGUCUACUCCCAGUGGUUAGCAGGCUAUGCUGCCUCACGACAACUCAAGGACCCCUUCAUCAACUUUACUGGUGGAGACUCCAGACAAUCGCCCUUUGCCUCCUCAUCUGAGCACUCGUCUGAGAAUGGGAGCUUGCGCUUCUCGACUCCGCCCGGCGAGCUGGAUGGUGAACGGGCCGCUUCGGGACGCAGCGGCACAGGCAGCGGGGCCAGCACACCCCACGGUGGCAGCGGGAACGGCAGGCCGAGCUCCAAGGACGGCCGCCGCAGUGACACCUGUGAGUUUUGUGGGAAGGUAUUCAAGAACUGCAGCAACUUGACAGUGCACCGGCGCAGUCACACUGGAGAGCGGCCCUACAAGUGUGAACUGUGCAGCUACGCCUGCGCCCAGAGCUCCAAGCUCACACGCCACAUGAAAACCCAUGGACAAAUGGGAAAAGACGUUUACAAAUGUGAAAUAUGCCACAUGCCUUUCAGUGUCUACAGUACUCUCGAGAAACACAUGAAGAAGUGGCACAGCGACCGCCCUCUAGCUAACAACAUUAAGACCGAGUAGGCAGUGAACAGCAUGCUGUACGUUUUCUCUUUCAGCUCCUUUGGCUAAAAUGCAACCCUGGCUAUGUAGCCAAUAGAUGAACGGAAUCGACUACAGGGUCAGACAACAGUACACAGUACAGCCCUGUUAUCGUUCCCAUCCACUGGGGAAAUACUCUUGUAUGAAAUAAAACAUUUUGAGCCUUUCUAUUGUGCAAUAAUUUACACAUUUUAUAUAUAUAUUUUUUUUUUGUAACUGGACAGCAUGCUUGUUGUGUUUAUGGCUACUCUAAAACUAUCAGUGACUUGUUGUACUCGUGUUGCUGUUGAUCCUUUUGAUUUAGCCAACAUAUUUAAGCCCUUGCUGCAGACAGUACAUACUGUUUUACAUAUCAUGUACAGUUUUGUUUCCAAGCAUAUUGGAACAGUGUCAUAUUAUUCAAACAUCAAGAAAAGCAGGGUUAAAUUUAAAACUGAUCUUUGUGAAUGAUUUUCCAUGCAAGAUAGACAAAAAAUACCUAUAUGUACAUAAAUAUAUAUACAAGGACUGGGCUGCCUAUGAAAUGCUAGGCACUAGCACCAUGACUUAUUUCUUUUACAAACAAUGAAAUUGAUAAUAUGGUGUAAAAUGACAACAAAGAGUGCCUUGGAUAGUUUACCUGCAUUAGUUAAUCCUCUUUUUGCUAUAAACUCGGCGUUUCAGACGUAGAUAAUUACAGGACAUUUUGUGCACAUAUGGAAUAAACAGGUCCUUGCAUCAAGCACCUGUACAACCCUGUCGUGUUGUGACUGAGCAGAACAUUAAGAAACCAGCUGAAACAAAAUUGAAAAGAAAAAAACACCAUGUUAAUCUCUGGUAAAUCAUUUAACUGCCUGACUCAAAUAUAUUUUCAUUCUUCAGAUUAUAAUUCUGUUUACUGGCAUGUUACAUGCUCAAAAGGUGGGUGGAGGUUUUUGUUUUCUAGUACAUGUGUAUCAUACUGAGAGGGUACUCUGAGGAGUUGUUUUAGCCAACAUGAAGCUCUUAAUUUUCCAGAGUGUUUAUUUUCUUUGAAAAUUGAACUUUUCUGUUUUGUGUGUGUUUGUGUUUAAGUAAGACUUUUUUUUUUUUUUGCGUCAUCCAGGCAGUCUGUGUAGCCAGCAUUAACUUGAAGACCACAGUCUUUUUUUUACAUCAGGCAGAGUUUGAUUUUGGUGAGGGUGGGGAUACUUGGCGUGGGUCAGGGUUAUGGAACGGGAGUGGGCAUAACCAGAUGUCUCUACAAUUCAAAUGUUUUAUGCCCUCUUCAUUCUCUUGACUGUGUUAGAUUUUAACAUUUUUAUAAACUCACAUUGAUAAUGCGACUAAUUUCCAAAUUGAAAAUAUACAGACACAUACACACGCACACACUGUUAUUUUUUUUCUUUUUUAGUUACUUGUUGUGACUCAUUUUAACUGUAGUAUUUCCUCUCACCGCCCUGCCAUUUUUUAAUAAUGAUAGCACUUGUCACUCUGCCUACAGUCUGUAUCUGUCUCUCUAAUCGGAGGUACAGUCGGUUGAGUAUAAAAUGAGGACCGGAUUCCAUAUCUGGGACUAUUUACGUGCACUGUUCCGUUUCCCCAGUUUACAGGUGGAAGCUCAAGGGAAAAACUUAGCUCUUGUGCUGACUGAUACAGUAACUGUGGUGUCAUUUAAACAAAAAAAAAAGUGAGUUAAAACCUUUGCUAUGUCUUGAGAGCUAAACAUCAGUUUGGUUCAAUUGGGUAUCAAUGCAGGAAAUGCCAUAGAAAUGUCCUGCAUCAUACUAACCUUAAAAAUAUACCCUUCAGUACAGUAAAACUUAAAGAACUUACCUUUUUUUUUCUAAAUUGUAUUGUUGAUUUUUAAAGUACAUGUCAUGGUCUCAUGGGGAGAAUUUAAUUUAAAUUUUAUUUUUGAGUUGUGUUGUUGUUUCUCUUUCCUGUCUUGUUGACAUUCAGGACUUUAUCACUAUGUAUUGAAUUGUAAUGAACAUGUCUUGUAUCUUUUUUGCCUUUACUGUACACAAGUCUUCAGGUUGAACAAAAAUGUUUUACAUCGGGGGAGAUAUAUGAUAAAUAAAUAUAUAGAGAGAACUUAAACACAUAGGAAAAUGCACACUCAUGUCAGUUCCUAAGUUCAAAAUACAUUUAUGGUCGACUUUUUUUUGUAUUUAGAAUUGCAUUUGAAAUUAAUGUUCACUUAGUGUAGGCACUUAUAGUAUUUAUGUUGGAGCCUGUAUUUUUUAAUGGUUUUGCCUGUACUCUUUAAAGGUUUCAAUGUACCCUCUUUUCUGUAGUGAAAAAAAAUCCCAACAAGCUGCCACCGUAUAUUUUCUUAAUUUGGCAGGAUAAUAUAGUGUGAAUAAUUUGUAUGCUUGAAAAUAAGUAUGUUUUUGAAAACUAAAAUGUUGUGGUGUUUUCCAAUGGUGAGAGGUCAUAUGAUGACCUUUUCAGGCAGUCCUGCUGGACUUACCACAAUGAGGUAAAAAAACAGGUGGUUGUAAAUAUCCUUUUUGUUUUUUUUCAGUUUUUCUCCUGCCAUUUUAUAUGCAGUAAUACAAGCUAUUGUUGGGUUUUAUUGUUAGCCAACUUUUUACUGUCCUUAAACAUGUACCACGUGAUAACAUUCCAGCUGUUAAUGAAAAAUAACUUUUUUUCAUAUGCAAUCAGUCCAUCAUAAAUCUGAAAAGCAAUGUUUUUAAUUUGAUGAAUUUAUUUUAUUUUAAAUUUAUUUUCUGUUGCAUUUUACUUUGCCAAAACAACCACAGUGCUUGAUUUACAUAGGGUAUUUGUCAUAUCAUACUGUAUGCAAGUUAUAUUGUCAAUAUGAGAAAAUGAUAGAAAGAGGUUUGCUACAUGUUGUUACAGCAGAUGGUACUGAUGUACAUCCAUGUUUCAGCCUGAUCUCAGUCUGUGUUCUGUACUCUUAUCUGCUCUCAACUGAACUUGAAGUUGACAUUGGUUGACAUUAUUUAUUAUGACUGUGCACCCACAUCCAGUAUAUGCUCUGUUCAGAACAGAGUCACAGCAAGAUGUGUCUGUUUAUUGACCACCACCCCUCCCCCGCCCCCCUUUUUGAUGAAAUCUGACGGCUUGGUUUCUCUGUUUGAUGACCAAAGGUCACAGAUCAACAUUUAAGAGUUCCUAGUCAGCAUACAUAUGUUGUUAUUAUUUUUCAGUUAUGGAAAUGCCACUGUUUUCAGCUGUUGCCUGCAUUUUUCUCUUCACUCAGCCAUUUUGUCUUGGGGAAAAAAAUAAAACGUAUGACUUACAUACCGAA